CUACAAUGUACUUACAUAUAAUAAAUAAAUCUUAAAAAAAAAAAAAGACCUUAAGAAAAACCUUACUUGAGGCACUGGCUCUGGCCAGCCCAGACCUUCCCACCUGUAUAUGGAUAAAAGAAAAUGGUUGGCAAAGUGGGUGCUCAUCCAAACUUUAGGCCCAUGGAAAAGACCUGUGGCCUAUUUGUCUAAGAAGCUGGAUUAGGUGUCUUAGAGAUGGCCAGCCUGUCUCUGGAUUAUAGCUGCCACCACUCUGCUGGCCAAGGAUGCUGACAAGAUAACCAUGGGGCAGGAACUUGUAUCGCUACCCCCCACGAUAUUGAGAGGAUUCUCAAGAAUCCACCCAGCCAAUGGCUAUUCAAUGCUAGACUGGUACCAUUCCAAAUUCUGCUUUUGAAUCCUCCUGUAUAAGAUAUAAUCCAUUGUCUGCCCUGAACCCAGCCACCCUGCUACUGGACCCAUCCUCAGACAUACAGCAUGAUUGCUCUAUAGUUUUGGGGCAUGUUCAAAACAUUAGGCAAUACCCAACAUCCCCUGGCUGGAUACUGAGUCCAUUUACUUCACAGAUGAGAGCAGCUUCAUCCAUGAUGAUAUGCAGGGUGGGGUGGUGGUGGUGGUGGUGGUAGUGGACUUGGUUUCUGUUAUUUGGACAAAUUCUUUGCUUCCAGGAAUUCAUUGCUCUGGGCAUCAAAAUGGACAUCAGAAACAGGCUAGCUUAUAAAGCCACAAGGGAAGUUUCCUAAGCGUUCACUGCUUACAUCCUGGUAGCCUUGCCACCUUCUGCACACCUAGCUGUCCAAAAAUAUACUUCUGAGGACAAACAAGAUCAGGCCAAAUGCCAGGAAAUCUCUAGAAGAGGUGGAUAAUUGCAUAUUGCCAAGAUCUGCACCAUCUUACCUAAGAAGUUUGCUAAACAACUCAUCCAUCAAAUCCAUCAGGCCUUGCAUCUGGGUUACCAAAAAUUAAAGGAAUUGUUGCAAGGGGUAAAAUAUAAAAUAUUUGACUUGAUUCACUUGGUUGCUCCACCUGCCAGGCUGUGAACCCCUCAAGCUUCAAUCAAGGAACUCUGGAAACCAGAAUUAGAGGCUCACAGCCAGAGGCCAUGGGAAAUAGAUUAUAUGGAAAUAAAGCCAGGAAUAUAUGGAUAUAAAUACCUGCUAGUUUUUAUAGAUACCCUACAAAGAAGGAAACUGCCAAUGUAGUGGCAAAGAUGAUUCUAGAAGACAUCAUACCCAGGUACAGUCUGCCCACCCUGCUUGGGUCUAACAGUGGACCAGCAUUUAUCUCUCAGGUGACGAAGUCUAGAUUAAAAGAAAACCACAAGACCCUGGAACCUUGAUGGAAAGGACCUCACACAUGUGAUCCUGACCAUGUCAACAGCUGUGAAGGUAUCAGCCUAGCAGUAAAACCGACCAGAAGCCAUGCACAAAACUACAUCCCCAGAGAAAGACUUGUCCCUUCCCCUCCCUGUCAUCUCACCAUGAACAUGGUUCAAGACAGCGCCUUUCUAGCCAAGCUGAUGAAGAGUGCUGACACCUUUGAGUUGAAGUAUGACUUUUCCUGUGAGCUGUACCGAUUGUCCACGUAUUCAGCUUUUCCCAGGGGAGUUCCUGUGUCAGAAAGGAGUCUGGCUCGUGCUGGCUUUUACUACACUGGUGCCAAUGACAAGGUCAAGUGCUUCUGCUGUGGCCUGAUGCUAGACAACUGGAAACAAGGGGACAGUCCCAUGGAGAAGCACAGAAAGUUGUACCCCAGCUGCAACUUUGUACAGACUUUGAAUCCAGCCAACAGUCUGGAAGCUAGUCCUCGGCCUUCUCUUCCUUCCACGGCGAUGAGCACCAUGCCUUUGAGCUUUGCAAGUUCUGAGAAUACUGGCUAUUUCAGUGGCUCUUACUCGAGCUUUCCCUCAGACCCUGUGAACUUCCGAGCAAAUCAAGAUUGUCCUGCUUUGAGCACAAGUCCCUACCACUUUGCAAUGAACACAGAGAAGGCCAGAUUACUCACCUAUGAAACAUGGCCAUUGUCUUUUCUGUCACCAGCAAAGCUGGCCAAAGCAGGCUUCUACUACAUAGGACCUGGAGAUAGAGUGGCCUGCUUUGCGUGCGAUGGGAAACUGAGCAACUGGGAACGUAAGGAUGAUGCUAUGUCAGAGCACCAGAGGCAUUUCCCCAGCUGUCCGUUCUUAAAAGACUUGGGUCAGUCUGCUUCGAGAUACACUGUCUCUAACCUGAGCAUGCAGACACACGCAGCCCGUAUUAGAACAUUCUCUAACUGGCCUUCUAGUGCACUAGUUCAUUCCCAGGAACUUGCAAGUGCGGGCUUUUAUUAUACAGGACACAGUGAUGAUGUCAAGUGUUUUUGCUGUGAUGGUGGGCUGAGGUGCUGGGAAUCUGGAGAUGACCCCUGGGUGGAACAUGCCAAGUGGUUUCCAAGGUGUGAGUACUUGCUCAGAAUCAAAGGCCAAGAAUUUGUCAGCCAAGUUCAAGCUGGCUAUCCUCAUCUACUUGAGCAGCUAUUAUCUACGUCAGACUCCCCAGAAGAUGAGAAUGCAGACGCAGCAAUCGUGCAUUUUGGCCCUGGAGAAAGUUCGGAAGAUGUCGUCAUGAUGAGCACGCCUGUGGUUAAAGCAGCCUUGGAAAUGGGCUUCAGUAGGAGCCUGGUGAGACAGACGGUUCAGUGGCAGAUCCUGGCCACUGGUGAGAACUACAGGACCGUCAGUGACCUCGUUAUAGGCUUACUCGAUGCAGAAGACGAGAUGAGAGAGGAGCAGAUGGAGCAGGCGGCCGAGGAGGAGGAGUCAGAUGAUCUAGCACUAAUCCGGAAGAACAAAAUGGUGCUUUUCCAACAUUUGACGUGUGUGACACCAAUGCUGUAUUGCCUCCUAAGUGCAAGGGCCAUCACUGAACAGGAGUGCAAUGCUGUGAAACAGAAACCACACACCUUACAAGCAAGCACACUGAUUGAUACUGUGUUAGCAAAAGGAAACACUGCAGCAACCUCAUUCAGAAACUCCCUUCGGGAAAUUGACCCUGCGUUAUACAGAGAUAUAUUUGUGCAACAGGACAUUAGGAGUCUUCCCACAGAUGACAUUGCAGCUCUACCAAUGGAAGAACAGUUGCGGAAACUCCAGGAGGAAAGAAUGUGUAAAGUGUGUAUGGACCGAGAGGUAUCCAUCGUGUUCAUUCCCUGUGGCCAUCUGGUCGUGUGCAAAGACUGCGCUCCCUCUCUGAGGAAGUGUCCCAUCUGUAGAGGGACCAUCAAGGGCACAGUGCGCACAUUUCUCUCCUGAACAAGACUAAUGGUCCAUGGCUGCAACUUCAGCCAGGAGGAAGUUCACUGUCACUCCCAGCUCCAUUCGGAACUUGAGGCCAGCCUGGAUAGCACGAGACACCGCCAAACACACAAAUAUAAACAUGAAAAACUUUUGUCUGAAGUCAAGAAUGAAUGAAUUACUUAUAUAAUAAUUUUAAUUGGUUUCCUUAAAAGUGCUAUUUGUUCCCAACUCAGAAAAUUGUUUUCUGUAAACAUAUUUACAUACUACCUGCAUCUAAAGUAUUCAUAUAUUCAUAUAUUCAGAUGUCAUGAGAGAGGGUUUUGUUCUUGUUCCUGAAAAGCAGGGAUUGCCUGCACUCCUGAAAUUCUCAGAAAGAUUUACAAUGUUGGCAUUUAUGGUUCAGAAACUAGAAUCUUCUCCCGUUGCUUUAAGAACCGGGAGCACAGAUGUCCAUGUGUUUUAUGUAUAGAAAUUCCUGUUAUUUAUUGGAUGACAUUUUAGGGAUAUGAAAUUUUUAUAAAGAAUUUGUGAGAAAAAGUUAAUAAAGCAACAUAAUUACCUCUUUUUUUUUAAAGAAAAUU